ACGUCGUGGACAUGCCGUCAGAUGCGAGCCGUUCGCACCGCAAGCUUAACUUGCAGAGGGUGCUACGGUAGAAGGAGAAGCAGGAGGUCGGCCACCUGCGACGGCUCGUGUGUCAGCUUGAAGAGGAACGACAGGUGUGGUGGGUGACGCACCAUCGUCCGUCGUCGUCGUCGCCCAGGCGCUGCCACGGCACGACAUCGCCAUCGCUCUCGAUGAAGACAAGUCGUUGGUGAUGCAGGAAAACAGGCACAUGAGGCGACAACGGCAUAUUGAUUACAGGGAUGGCGUAGUGGAUCGCCACUGCCAAGGGCUUCUCGGUACAGUGUCGUUGAUGCGAUCCGGUGGUACUGUAUUUUGUGUGUUGACCCUACUGUGACAGCGUGGCCCGAACGUGGCACAUCCAGCAUUCAAACGCUUAAGCCGUGUGACACUGUCAGCUACCAACGACGCGUGCCGUCAACACGGAAUGGUCUGGCUCACUCAACUGCUGUACCGCAACAUCGACUACAUACUUCAAAAGUACACGCUCUCUACAGAGACAUUGAACCAAGUGGUCAGUCGGGAGUUGGUGGAUGUGUCGACCAUCAACGACGCACUUGAUGUAUGGCAUCUCCAAGUGGGCAUUCCUGCGUAUCUGGACAUUGUCGCACCGGUGGUUCGACGGCAUGUCCUAGGCAGGUUCAAUUCUGUCGACAUGAGCCAUGCCCAAGUGUUUUCGAUUGAACCAGAGGUACUGUGUUGUGGUCCAAAUGUGCUUUUUGGUUGUUGAAAUCAACCAAAACAGAAUGAUUGGCUCAAGAGAAUGACGAUUGCGUUUUGAUUGGCGAAAAAGAAUGCGGGUUUCUCCCAAUUACUUCUUAAAUUGAGUAUUUUACCUCUUAUUUCGCAGGUCAUGCAAUUGCACUCGUGUUGGAAAUGAGAAGUUCCUACAUGUUACAAUUCCUGGCUUGUGAUAUCAUGUGAUUCUGUUCUUUCUACACUAUGUUAUUGUGUUUUCUACUCAAAAUUUCCUUCGGUGGUUGAUUCAAUCAACCACCGAACAAUCGCCAGACCUUCGAAAUUUCAUAUAAAACUAAGUUGAAGAGGUAUCUUUGUGACUGCAAUACAACAAUCAAUCUUUUUAGCCAAUCAAAUCGCAACCUUCGUUCUUUGUAGCCAAUCAUACUCCUUUUCUCGAUUAGUUGGCAUCAAUACCCCAAAAUAGGCAAAUUUCACUGAAAAGCACAAUAC